AUGUCUCCUGUGCUGUUUUCACACACAAACAGCAUAUGUCCAGCUGCAGACCACCAGACAGCACAGUUUAUUCUGCUCCGUCUACAACCGCCACUAGCUCGAAUGGACGCGGGGGAGUUUCGCCGCAGAGGGAAGGAGAUGGUCGACUAUGUGGCUGAUUAUCUGGAGAAUAUUGAGCAGCGGCCGGUGUAUCCAGACGUGGAGCCCGGUUAUCUGAGGAAGCUCAUCCCCACCGAGGCACCGGAGGACCCAGAGUCUUAUGAAGAGGUUAUGAAGGAUGUGGAGCGGGUCAUCAUGCCUGGGGUGACACACUGGCACAGUCCAAACUUCUUCGCCUACUUCCCCACAGCCUCUUCUUACCCUGCGAUGUUGGCUGACAUGUUGUGCGGAGCCAUUGGAUGCAUCGGCUUCUCCUGGGCUGCUAGUCCAGCCUGUACGGAGCUGGAGACAGUGAUGCUGGACUGGCUCGGAAAGAUGCUGAAGCUUCCCGACUGCUUCAUCGCUGGAACUGAGGGGCACGGAGGAGGAGUGAUACAGUCCACAGCUAGCGAGGCGACACUGGUGGCGUUGCUAGCAGCUCGAUGUAAAUCUGUCAAAAGAGUUCAGGCCUCAAACCCGAAGCUGUCAGAGGCGGAAAUCUGCUCUAAACUAGUGGCUUACACUUCUGAACAAGCUCAUUCGUCCGUGGAAAGAGCUGGUCUGAUUGGUGGGGUCAUGAUGAAGAAAGUCCCCACAGACUUCAACUAUUCUCUGAGAGGCCCGCUGCUCCAGAAGAUGAUUGAGGAAGACAAGGCUGCCGGGCUCAUCCCAUUCUUUUUCUGUGCUACGCUCGGUACAACAUCCUGCUGCUCUUUCGAUCACCUCCCGGAUCUUGGCCCCAUAUGUAUUAAAGAAAACAUGUGGAUGCACGUGGACGCUGCCUAUGCUGGGAGCUCAUUCAUCUGCCCUGAGUUUAGACCUCUGCUGGACGGAGUAGAGUUUGCAGAUUCCUUCAACUUCAAUCCACACAAAUGGCUUUUGAUCAACUUUGAUUGCUCCGCAAUGUGGGUGAAGAAAAGAACAGAUAUCAUUGGAGCAUUCAAGGUGGAGCCAUUCUACCUCAAACACGACAACCAGGAGUCAGGGCUGGUCACGGAUUAUCGGCAUUGGCAGAUUCCACUUGGAAGAAGGUUUCGCUCUUUGAAAAUGUGGUUUGUCUUCCGCAUGUUUGGGAUCAAACAGCUGCAAGCUUAUAUACGCAAGCACGUGGCUCUGGCUAAAGAGUUUGAGAGUCUUGUGAGAGCUGACAAGAGGUUUGAGAUCUGUGCUGAGGUGGUCCUGGGCCUGGUCUGUUUCAGAGUCAAGGGCUCCAAUGAGCUGAACCAGGCCUUGUUAAAGCGGAUCACAAAGUGCAGGGAGAUCCACCUGGUGCCCUGUCAGCUGGCGGGCCGUGUGGUGCUGCGCUUCUGCGUGUGCGCCGCCAGCACAGAGUCGCACCAUGUGCAGAGCGCCUGGCAGCACAUCACGCAGCUCACCUUCGAGCUGCUGCAGGAGCAGAUCAACUGA